AUGACCUCCAGUUCCAGUUUGGGAAGCUUUAACCUUUUGCCGCUGUCGAACGAGCCUUUUAUCACCUAUGGCCCAGGCUCGGAGGAGCGAGAUGCCUUGAUAUCAGCUCUCGAGCUUAUGAAAAAUGAAGCCCCUUUUCAGGUUCACCCCAACGUCAACGGCAAGGAUGUCGUCGGCAACUUGACGGAAUCGCAGGCUAUGCCGUGGGAGAAUAGCGUCAACAUCGCCGAAUACUCGACCGCAGACCAAGCUCUUGUCAAACAAGCAAUCGACGGUGCUCUGGCUGCUAAGAAGGAAUGGUGUAGGACACCGCUCCAUGACCGUGCUGCCAUCUUCUAUCGUGCAGCAGCUCUCUUGCAAGGUCCAUACCGUUACAAGAUGAUGGCUGCGACCAUGCUCGGUCAGGGCAAAAAUGCCUAUCAAGCUGAUAUUGACUGCGCUGCCGAGACCAUUGAUUUCCUCAAGACGUUUCCGGCUCUCGCGGACCAGCUUUACAAGAACCAGCCUCCAAUUAACGCGCCCAACGUGUGGAAUCGUACAGAAGUCCGGCCCUUGGACGGCUUUGUCUACGCAAUUAGCCCAUUCAACUUCACCGCACUCGCCGCAAACAUUGUGCUCGCACCUUUGAUUCUGGGCAACGUAGUCAUCUGGAAACCAAGUCCUGGAGCCAUCUACUCAAGCUGGUUAUUCAACCACAUCAUGAUUGAGGCUGGUCUGCCACCAGGUGUACUGCAAUUUCUCCCCGGUGACGCUGUUGAAGUGACGGAUGAAGUCUUCAAUAGUCGGGACAUGGGAGCCCUACAUUUUACAGGCAGCACUGCGGUCUUCAAGAGCUUGAUGGGGCGGAUCGGCAGCAAGAUGGAGUUUUGGCGUUCGUACCCGCGCAUCGUUGGAGAGACAGGAGGCAAGAAUUUUCAUCUUCUUCAUCCUACAGCGGAUGUUCGCAAUGCGGCUCUCAAGAGUGUGAGAGCUGCGUUCGAAUAUCAAGGGCAGAAGUGUAGUGCCUUAUCGCGCAUCUAUGUUCCAGCGAGCAUAGCGGAAAAGUUCAAGGCCAUGAUUGUGGAAGCAACCGAGGCGUUGACUAUGGGCUCGACCUUCACUGAUUUCAUCGGCCCCGUCAUCAGCCGCUCAGCUUAUGACCGCGUAUCCGGAUACAUCAAAGAGGCCGAGUCGUCUGUCGAUGUCGCGGUUCUUGCCGGAGGUGUUUUCGAUGACUCAAAGGGAUUCUAUAUUCGGCCGACAGUGCUUGAAACGAAAGAUCCCUUGUCGAAAUUCAUGACGGAGGAGAUAUUCGGCCCAGUCGUCUGCAUUUACGUUUACGAUGAUGCUGACUUUGGUCCUAAAAUCUUUACCCUCAUUGACGAAAGCACGCAGUAUGCCCUUUCCGGUGCUGUCUUUGCCAAAAGCCGCACAGCAAUUAUCGAAGCAACAGAAGAGCUGAGGUUCUCCGCUGGAAACUUCUACAUCAAUGAUCAAUGUACCGGAGCAAUGCCUGGGCAGCAGCCAUUUGGUGGUUCACGGUCCAGUGGAACGAAUGACAAGGCUGGCACGGCGGGAUUGUUGACCAGGUUCAUGUCCCAGAGGACUAUUAAAGAGGGCUUCUCAACUAUUGACAAUGUUUUGUAUCCAUCUAAUAUGCCAUAA